CCCAGCAAACCGAAUACUACUUUCAAUAAUUCACUAGUCCAGUUCGAGAAGGAAGUUUCUUAUAUAUACAAUAAUGGCCAAAAUUUUCGUUCGAUUGCUGUGGAAGAUGCUGCGGGUCGUCGUCUGGGUGGAGCAGCUAGUCUGGCGAUGCAUUAGCGCACAUCGUGUGCGAAUUGUUCAAAUAGUUCACCCGCUAUCGGUUAUUCUUAUGCUACUAGCCAUUGGAUUCUUUGUUAUUUACGAAUUGUUUUAUAUAUUGCCCGAGUGCAGCGAUGUAUCGGGCGUUUACUAUAAGUUUCACUGCCUGUUUAUGAUGUUCCUGCUGCACAAUAUCAUUGGCAAUAUGGUGAUGUGCUGGCGCACGGACACCAGUUUUGUGGGCCUGCCACUGGAUCGCUUGAAUCCUACGCCAGCGGAGGCGCAUCUGUGGCACUUGUGCACUCACUGCCAGAUGCUGGUGCCGCCAAGGGCCUGGCACUGCCGGCUCUGCAACUGUUGUAUGCUGAAACGGGAUCAUCAUUGCAACGUGACAGGCAAUUGUAUAGGGCAUGCUAAUCAACGCUAUUUUGUCGGCCUACUCCUGCACUUGUCGCUGGGCUGCUGCACCGCUUUGACCUAUAAUGUAUAUCAUUUGUUCAGCCAGCAUAGCCAAAUGUUUUCCGAUCCCAUUCAAAUUUCUAUGGACUUGGAUACCUCUAAUCUAAUGAACAUGUUAUUCACACAUAAGCCUCUUUCUCCGCAACUCUCCUGGAUGCUCAUCACGGGUGGCAUACUCAAGCUAAAUAUCUUUGCCCUCGUACUGGCCUGCGCGCAUCUAAUCAUCCAGCUGUACAUGGCCAGUCGUGGCAGCUGUCUGUACUGUGUAUAUGAUCGCAGUUACGAUUUGGGCUUUUGGAACAAUAUGCAAACGGUUUUAGGCAAGCGAAUGUUCUGGAUUGCGCUGUCGCCGUUUGUGUCCAGUCCCCUGCCACACGAUGGCACCCAGUGGCUGGCGGAUCCCCACAAGCCGAGUGGUAAGAAGCCUGUAUAAACGUUUGUAGCGACCCACCUUACCCUAUGUGUAUGCACAUAAUAUAUGCGCAAUUACGUUAUGCAUUGGCCAAAAUCGGGUUUCAUGCCUCAUUUAAUCAGACAUUUUGUGCUCGUAUUGCCUUAGCUAAUUACCGGUCAAACCUGGGGUUGCGGUUGUGCUAUGCCGAUAAGGCACGUGGUGCAGCCACGCGACAACACUUUAUCUGGAAGCUGGCCAUAGCAGACAGUUCUCUAUAUUAUUCUCCCAAAUCAAGUCUCUUCGAUACUUAGCUAUGUGGUGUCGUCGAGUGAAAAAUAAAUAUAUAUUUUUAUUUCUG